AUGCGCUGUAAGUGGUGUGCAUUGCAGAAAUCAGUUGACUUCUUGUGGUUAAAAUUUCAGGACGCGAGCAGUAUGUACACUAAAAUAGUGGAGGUUCAACCUCGCGAACUUAAGUUCUUAUUUGAAGUGAAGAAACAGAGUUCAUGUGCAGUGCAACUUGCCAAUGUCACUGACCAAUAUGUAGCUUUCAAGGUUAAGACUACAUCUCCAAAGAAGUACUGCGUGAGACCUAAUGCCGGUAUAAUAAAGCCAAAAUCAACAUGUGAUUUCAUAGUUACCAUGCAAGCCCAGAAUUCAGCUCCCCAUGAGAUGCAAUGCAAAGAUAAAUUCUUGAUUCAGAGCACUGUGGUACCGUUUGGAACAACAGAAGAUGACAUUGUACCUGACAUGUUCGUAAAAGAGUGUGAAAAAUAUAUUGAAGAGGUCAAGCUCGGAGUUAGUCUUAGUAUUGCACCCGAUUAUCCAGAAAAGCCACUGGCUAAUGUAGUUUUGAAUCAAGAAUCAUCUUUCAAGUCUUCUAGUCCAAAACAAGUCCAUUCACCUGUUUUGCUGCCUUUUAAUGGAGCUACUAAGCAAGAGCCAUUCUAUGAGACUGUCAUCCCGAAAGUGAAAUUGCACAAUGGAGUUGAAAAUUUCCCUCAUGAUGACACGGUAACUAAGAAACUGGAGCCUAUCACAAGUUUCAAAAACGUGGAAGAGUUCAGAUCAGUUAUGAUUAUGGAUGAGAUGAAGGCAGCUCUCCCAAAGGAUGAGAAGUCUUACCUAGUCAAGGUCAAGGAUGAGGUGAACCCGGUGAAAGAUUUAGACGAGACAAAUUUAAAGCUUAUGAAAGAUAUUGAGGAAUUGAAAUCAAAGAUUAGUGCAAUGGAUUCUGAGCUAGUUAAGGUCAGUACUGCAUUUAUAUUUGAAGAAGAAGAAGAAGAAAAGGGAAGAAGAAAGAGAGAACGUGAAAGAAGAAGAAAAUGGAAGAAGAAGAAGAACAACGUGAAGAGAGAAGCAGGAGAGAAAAAGAAGAAAGAGAAGAAAAAUAGGAAAAGAAAAAUAGGAUGA